ACUCUCACACACAAACACAUUCAAUUUCUAUUUUUAAAACUUAGAGACUGUUAACAAGAUCAUGGACCCUGGAAACCAUUCCUCAGUGACUGAGUUCAUUCUGGCUGGGCUCUCAGAACAGCCAGAGCUCCAGCUGCGCCUCUUCCUCCUGUUCUUAGGAAUCUAUGUGGUCACAGUGGUGGGCAACCUGGGCAUGACCACACUGAUUGGGCUCAGUUCUCACCUGCAUACCCCCAUGUACGGUUUCCUCAGCAGUCUGUCCUUCAUUGAUCUCUGCCAUUCCACUGUCAUUACCCCUAAGAUGCUGGUGAACUUUGUGACAGAGAAGAACAUCAUCUCCUACCCUGAACGCAUGGCUCAGCUCUAUUUAUUCAGUAUUUUUGCUAUUGCAGAGUGUCACAUGUUGGCUGCAAUGGCAUAUGACCGCUAUGUUGCCAUCUGCAGCCCCUUGCUGUACAAUGUCAUCAUGUCCUAUCACCACUGCUUCUGGAUCACAGUGAGAGUUUACAUUUUAGGCAUCCUUGGAUCUACAAUUCACACCGGCUUUAUGUUGAGACUCUUUUUGUGCAAGACUAAUGUGAUUAACCAUUAUUUUUGUGAUCUCUUCCCUCUCUUGGGGCUCUCCUGCUCCAGCACCUACAUCAAUGAAUUGCUGGUUCUGGUCUUGAGUGCAUUUAACAUCCUGACGCCUGCCUUAACCAUCCUUGCUUCUUACAUCUUUAUCAUUGCCAACAUCCUCCGCAUUAGCUCCACUGAGGGCAGGUCCAAAGCCUUCAGCACUUGCAGCUCUCACAUCUUGGCUGUUGCUGUUUUCUUUGGAUCUGCAGCAUUCAUGUACCUGCAGCCAUCAUCUGUCAGCUCCAUGGACCAGGGGAAAGUGUCGUCUGUGUUUUAUACUAAUAUUGUGCCCAUGCUGAACCCCCGACCUACAGCCUGAGGAAUAAAGAUGUCAAACUUGCUGUGAAGAAAAUUCUGCAUCAGACAGCAUGUUAAUGAAUAGAAUCAAUGUUAUGUUGUUACAUCAAGAUAGGUCUUUGGUUUGAUUAGAUAUCUAACUUAUUGGAUUUAUUGUUGAGAUUUAUGAAAAUUUAGUGAUGCUCUUUUAUGUAACAUAGCUCCAAAAUAUUCCUCCGG